AUGAAUGAGAGUUUAGAUUUGAUUAGCUUAUCGUCGUCUAGCAACUCCCAGGAUGAAGAAGUGUCUAUUGCUAUCGUUACUCGAUUCAAUGAUAUAAAGUUAGAUGAAAAUGUAAGUACUGAUGACCAUUUGACAAAGAUUAAAUUUAAUGAUUCUCCAUUUUAUAAACAGUUAAGUGUCAUUCAAGAUUCGAUACUGUUAAUAAAUCCAUGUGGUGGAAAACUUAUAGAUUCUGUUAAAUUUACUAUCGGAAAUUCCGAAUUGGAACUAUUAAAAAAUGAUGAAUCACAUAGAUUAUGUUUAUAUUGUGGUGAAUUGGAUUCUAAUGAUCCACAAGUAGAUCAAUCAAUUGAAUUAAAAUUUCCAACUCCAUUAAAGUUAACAGUUAAUAAUAAUUUAAUAACUGAAAAUCUGGUAGGUUUAAAGAAAAGGAAAGGAACAAUUCAUCCCGUGGAUAUAACACAAUCUAUUCAAAAUGGCUAUUCUAAAGACAUUACUGUGUCGUUCGACCACGGUAAGGUAAUAAAAAAAUAUGUAACAUAUUGUUCCAUUGUUAAAGUUUACUCAGUUAACCAAUUAUUGUCAAAAAUUUUAGAAGAAAAUGAACUGCUCCCUUUAUCAAGUAGCGUAGCAAAACUUAAAGAUGGGAACGUAGAUAUUAUCUCAUCUUCCUUUGUAAUAUCAUUAUUGUGUCCAAUAUCUUUUUCGAAACUGAAAUAUCCAGUAGUAUCCAAAUAUUGCAAUCAUAUAGAAUGUUUCGAUGUGUUCUGGUUUUUAACCUCACAGCAGCAAAUCCCAACUUGGGAAUGCCCCAUUUGCAAAGUUAAAUGCACUAUUGAAGAUUUAGUCAUAUCAGAAUUUUUAAUUGAAUUACUAGAGGAUUCAGAAGAGUCCACUGAAAAAAUAGCCGUGUCCUCAGAUGGUUCAUGGGAAGAGCUCCUUGCAGAAAGUCAGUCAGAUGAUAGUUUUAGUGACGGGGAUAAUUCUAUCAUUAUUGUCAAUGCCAUUGACUCAAAACAAUCCAAAAACAGAGAACAGAUAAGUGACGAUAACAGUCAAUUAGUUGUAAUAUCUGCACCAGAUAAUGGAAGUGAAAACAUAUCUAUGGUAGAAGAAAUUCAACAAGUGGAUGAUGAUUCGUACGAUAUGGACAACAGCAUAUUCCUAUCAUUAGAUGACGAUGCUACACGAGACUCGGUUGUUUUGAAUCCAAUCAUUAAAUCAACUAAAAUCGUAAGUUCAGAACCGCUUAUCAACAACUCUCAUCAAAAAUUAAAGAAAAUACGUAAUAUAUUAGGAACUCCACCAUUGAAAAAUGAAACACAAUUUUCAAAUUUUGAAGAAAUUAAUAAUGAUUCUUUAAUUCAAACAUCUGAAAGCUUUGGAUCUUUUGAAUUUUCUACCGAAAGCUUUACAAAUGAAGAUGAUCACGCCAUAGAAAAAGUUGUGAAUACAGCUGACAAUGUUCAAGACACUAUUAUUACAAAACGAACGCCCCAGUUGGGACUCAGAUUACAAAGAGAUCGUGGAUCUGUAUCAUUAAAUGCAUAUAUACAAGAAUAA